AUGCGUGUAUCAGCAAUUAUUCUCCUUUCUGCAUUUACCUUGGUGCUCGGGGCCCCUAUCAGCAGUGGGGUUGUCGCUCGUAGCAGUUCGGAUAUUGUCGUAGCAAGAGAUGCAGCCCCUGGUAAUCCCGACUGGAAACGCGAGGCUGAGGCUGGCGGCAAGAACCCGGCUUGGAAGAGAGAAGCUGAGGCCGAGGCUGAGGCUCAGAGAGGUCGUGACCCAUCCUGGAAGCGUGAGGCAGAGGCAGGAGGCAAGAAUCCGGCUUGGAAACGAGAGGCGGAGGCGGAGCCUCAAAGGGGCCGUAACCCAUCCUGGAAGCGUGAAGCUGAGGCUCAGAGAGGUCGUAACCCAUCCUGGAAGCGAGAGGCUGAGGCUGAGGCUGAGGCUCAGAGAGGUCGUAACCCAUCCUGGAAGCGUGAGGCAGAGGCAGGAGGCAAGAAUCCGGCUUGGAAGCGAGAGGCUGAGGCUGAGGCUCAGAGGGGUCGUAACCCAUCCUGGAAGCGUGAAGCCGAGGCCGAGGCUCAGAGAGGUCGUAACCCAUCCUGGAAGCGAGAGGCUGAGGCUGAGGCUGAGGCUCAGAGAGGUCGGAACCCAUCCUGGAAGCGUGAAGCCGAGGCAGGAGGCAGGGAUCCGACAUGGAAGCGCGAGCCAGCCCGCAAUCCUACCUGGUGA